UGAGCCACACACCUCCUCUGAAAAGUAUAAAAGCUCUCCCCUUGGCUUGACUUCUGCAUUCACGGCAGUUCACAACUUCGCUGAUCCUCCGGCCUUUAGAACUGUUGGAACAUGACUUGCAAUACUAAAACUCAGCUGGAAAAGGCCUUGGAUUGUGUGGUCAAUGUCUACCACCAGUACUGCAUUUUGAACCCUGUUGAUGACUACCUACAAAUCAAAGAGUUCCAGAAGAUGAUGAAGGAACAGGCCCAGCCCUUCAUCAGGAACACCAUCCCGCCCGGGGUCAGCCAAGAUGCUUAUAUCAAGCAAAUAUUUCAAAGAGCCGACAGGGACAAAAAUGGGUCCGUUAAAUUCACAGAAUUUCUGUAUGUACUGGGGGCUUGCCUUGAAGAAGCCCACCACAGAUCCCAUGACUUGGGCGACGACCACAAAAGCGGCCAGAAGCCAUCUGGACAUGGACACGGACACAGCCACUGAUUCUUCAAGGCACCGAGUCCUCGAUUGCAGUACCCACGGGCGCACUCCAGAACUAACUACAUCAGCGGCAAUAGCAGGCACUUCACUGGGCAUUAACAGGCAUCCAUCACUGUCUGCUUUUUCUUUGUGGGUCAUAUAAAACAAUAAAUGAUUAUUUGAAAAAUCUCAA